ACAAUCCUCUCUCUCUCUUUCUCUCUCUAUAUAUACCUUUCCACUCCUCCUUCCACUCUCAGACCUCUCCCAUUUCAAACUCUCUCUCUCUAGUUUUCGGAACAAUUCAGCUUCAGUCUACAACUCACUCUACUAUUUCUCUCUCCACAUUUCUUAUCUGAAACUUUGAGAUCUUUGACAAUGGCGACACACGAAGAAAUCUCAGCUCUUGAAUUCAUCAGAGAACACCUUCUCGGCGAAUUCUCUCCCGUCGACAGUUCGAGCUUCGUCUCCGACUCGAUCGACUUUAGCUCGAUUUUCUCCAAUCAGGAUCGCACCAGUAGCCCUAAUUUUGAUCUUUCGAGCUCUGUAUCUGAAUCACUCUGUUCACAGACCUCAAGCUGUGAUGAAGUUGGUACCAGUGAUUUAUUCGAUUUUAUCCCCAAUUCGAUCACUUUCGAUCAAAUUGAAAAAUAUUUCUUUGAAUUCGAAUCGAAACAUCAAAUAAUCGAUCUCACGAGUCCAAAGUCGCAACUUUUGGACUUUGAAUCGGAUUUUGAGUUGAGAUUCAACGAUCGCAAACCAUCAUUGGAGAUCGAUGUGCCUCAGGUGAAGAAAUUUGAGGUUGUGGAAUUGGCCGAGUCGACUCUGCCAUCGACAGUGGUGUCUGUAAAGAAACCAUUGAAUACAGAGGAGAGGGCACAUUACAGAGGGGUCCGGAGAAGGCCGUGGGGCAAGUUCUCGGCAGAGAUCCGAGAUCCUAACCGUCGCGGAUCCAGGGUUUGGCUCGGCACGUUUGACACCGCCAUUGAAGCUGGCAAAGCUUACGAUAGAGCCGCAUUCAAGCUGCGUGGAAGCAAAGCUAUUCUCAACUUUCCACUCGAGGUCGGGAAGUGGUGUGAAACAGUCGCCGCCGUGGAUGGAGGCCGGAAAAGACAGAGAGACGACCAAGCAGAGGCGGAGCACAAGCCGUUGAAGAAGGAACGAUCGCCGGAAUCUGACCAAAUUAGUCCGCUAACGCCGUCUAAUUGGACGUGCGUUUGGGAUCAAAAUGUCAACGGUAGCUUUACCUUUCCUCCUUUAACGCCGUUAUCUCCCCACCCGCCGUUUGGUUAUCCUCAGCUUAUGGUAAUAUGAGCAUUUGAAUUAUGGAGUGUACAUAAAGAGAGGCAACGAGAUAUUGAUUUUCCGAAAAAAUGGAGUGUAUAUUUGAAUGUUAAUUCGAUUCUUUCUUUCUUUUCCUAA